GAGACUGCGGCGGCGGCAACAGCUAGUAGAAGCCCAAUGUGGCAGAGGGGCCGCCGCCACCGACAGGGAGACGGAGGGACCGCGAGCCAAGCGCUGGGGACGCCGCCGCCACCAGCAGUCCUCUUGCCUGCCUCGCAGCCCUCCUAGACACGCUGCUCGCCUACGGAUCCUACCCUCCCAACUCUUGCAAGCACUCACUCCGCUGGUCGCCCACUGAUCCCCCUUCCCCAUAGGCUCACAGGGGAGGCAGCAGCAAGCAGGCAUGAAGACCCCCAACGCACAGGAGGCCAAAGGGCAACAAACUAGGGCAGCUGUGGGACGGGCCACUGGGUCUGCAAACUUGACAAAGAAAAAAGCCCCCCAAAAGAAGCAGCGGGGCAGACCUUCGUCCCAGCCCCGCAGGAACAUCGUGGGCUGCAGAAUUUCUCACGGAUGGAAAGAAGGAGAUGAGCCUGUCACCCAGUGGAAAGGAACCGUUCUGGAUCAGGUGCCUAUAAAUCCCUCUCUUUAUCUGGUGAAAUAUGAUGGAAUUGACUGUGUCUACGGACUGGAACUUCACAGAGAUGAAAGGGUUUUGUCUCUUAAAAUUCUUUCCGACAGGGUGGCAUCAUCUCAAGUUAGCGAUGCCAACCUUGCAAAUACCAUAAUUGGCAAAGCAGUGGAACAUAUGUUUGAGGGUGAGCAUGGUUCUAAGGAUGAAUGGAGGGGGAUGGUCUUAGCCCAAGCACCUAUCAUGAAAGCCUGGUUUUAUAUUACCUAUGAGAAAGAUCCUGUCUUGUACAUGUACCAGCUUCUAGAUGACUAUAAAGAAGGUGACCUCCGCCUUAUGCCAGAAUCCAGUGAGUCUCCUCCAGCAGAGAGGGAGCCAGGAGGAGUUGUAGAUGGCCUGAUAGGUAAGCAUGUGGAGUACACCAAAGAAGAUGGCUCCAAAAGGAUCGGCAUGGUCAUUCACCAAGUGGAAGCCAAACCCUCUGUGUAUUUCAUCAAGUUUGAUGAUGAUUUCCAUAUCUAUGUCUAUGAUUUGGUGAAAAAGUCCUAACUGUUAGGGUAAAAUUUGCCACAUUUGUGGAAACAAAUGUAUACUUUGUCGACACACAAAAAAUGUUGCUUUUCAGUGUAUUGAAAACUUGAGGGUCCCUGAUAACCCAACAUCUUUGCCAGCAUAACUGUUGUUUUGUUCUAAAAAAUACAAAUUUAUGUGGACAUGA